AACCCUACAAAGCAUUUUUUACAAAGUGACAAAACUGCCAGGAUAGUAGCUACCACUCCGGUCACUCGAAAGACUGCAUCCAUGUCUAGAAUUUCUGACCAUCAGCCCUCCUUCCAUGAUCUUUCUUUUGCCAGCCCUGUCGAUAUAUCUACGCCUCAGAUAUUCAGAAAUAAUCAAUGUACUACAAAAGAAAAUAAGGACAGUCCAACUGAUGCAAAAAAGGCAAAAAACAAAAACUUAUCUGACUCUAAGAAGCCUCGAAAUGAGAGAGCAGCAGAGUCCGCCCCACUGUCCACUCCCAGAAGGAGUCAGCGAAACAGCAGCAAGAACAACAGAAAGCAGAUCCUAAAUACUGUAACAUCACCAGAAACAGCCUUGGGUACUGGCAGAGACACGUCAGUAGAUAAAAGUGACUUCUUUAAGUCUUUGUGCGUUGACAAUGAAAGCAUUGACGAGUCAAAAUUGGAGAGAAAGAAAGCUGAAAAGUCACCAAAAUCAGAAAAACUCCAACAUGGCUCAGACAUAGGCCAACAAGAGCACCAGACAUUGGAAAGUUCCAGUCUUGCAGACGAUGAGAGAAGUCUAUUUCCUAGAAAAAGGCUUGGUGUGAACCAAGCUGCCACCUCCACUAUCAUGCCUGAUGUAGACCAGGACAGCCUGGCCCUGUCAUCCUGGGGCCUUCCGGCGGUGGUGUUGAACCAGUACGCAGCCAGAGGCAUCACACACAUGUUCCAAUGGCAGGCUGAGUGUCUCAUGCUUGGAAACGUACUCAAUGGGGGUAACCUUGUGUACUCGGCCCCUACCAGUGCUGGCAAGACGAUGGUGGCAGAGUUGCUGGUGCUCAAGAGAGUCCUGGAGACACGGAGGAAGGCUGUCAUCAUCCUGCCCUUUGUGUCGGUCACACGAGAGAAAAUGUUCUACCUACAGGAGCUGUUCCAAGAUGCAGGUGUGAGAGUGGGUGGGUUCAUGGGCCACUACUCACCGCCCGGGGGCUUCAGUGGGACAGACAUUGCAGUCUGCACCAUUGAGAAAGGCAACAGCCUCAUCAACAGGCUUCUAGAGGACAACAAACUGGACACCCUUGGUAUCAUAGUUGUUGAUGAGCUCCAUCUGAUUGGCGACCGUAGCCGUGGAUACCUGCUGGAGCUUCUCCUGACCAAGAUAACCUACAUGUGUAGUCGACGGCAACAGGGACCAGAUGGUACAGUUACACCCCCUUCCAUCCAGAUAGUGGGCAUGAGUGCCACUCUUCCAAACCUUGACCUCCUGGCACGCUGGCUGCAUGCCGACCUCUACCGCACGGACUUCCGCCCAGUUCCCCUCGCAGAGUGCGUCAAGAUAGGGAACCAGGUGUUUGACUCAGAGAUGAAACCGCUGCGUGAAGUUGACGUGAAGUACGCUGUCAAGGGAGAUGAGGACCAUGUUGUUCCACUGUGCAUAGAGACAAUGAGGGGAGGUCACUCCAUCCUGAUAUUCUGUCCCACCAAGAACUGGUGUGAGAGCCUUGCUGAGCAGGUUGCCAGGGAACUCUACAGGUUGCUAAGGGACCCGUCACUAGCGGUGCACAAACAACCAGAGGGAGGGGCCAGUGAUGUGCUGGUGCUGCCUCUAGACCCCAGGACCCUGCUGGACACCCUCGAGCAGCUGAGGAGGACCCCUGUAGGACUUGACUCUGUCCUGGCCCGCACUGUACAGUACGGUGUAGCCUACCACCAUGCAGGUCUUACAUUUGAUGAGCGAGACAUCAUAGAGGGGGCAUUCCGUCAGGGCAUACUGAAGGUGCUGGUUGCUACAUCCACCCUGUCGUCAGGGGUCAACCUGCCUGCACGCAGGGUCCUCAUACGCACCCCAGUGUUCCACGGUGGUCAAAUGAUCGACUUCCUCACAUACAAGCAGAUGAUUGGGCGCGCUGGCAGAAAAGGGGUCGACACCGCAGGGGAGAGCAUCCUGCUAUGUAAGGCUGCAGACAGACCCAAGGCCGAGGCCCUGGUGAGGGGGGCCCUACCGCCUGUACACAGCACGCUGGUCAGGAGUGAAGGAGAGUCCCUGAGUUCCAGCAUGAAGCGAGCCAUCCUGGAGGUGGUGGUGAGUGGGGUGGCAGGCUGCCCCCGGGACGUGGAGACCUACGCCUCCUGUACGCUGCUGGCCUCCUCCAUGGCAGGGGAGGGGACUAGCCUGUGCGGGGAAGGGUCUGGCCAGGGCGGGACUGGAAACAUGAUUCAGGAGAGCAUACAGUUCCUACUUGACAACGAGUUUGUCUGCAUGCAGAAGAUAGCUGAUAAGAAUGGGGAAGUAACCCAGCGGUUUGUGCCGACCCAGCUGGGAUGUGCAGUUCUCUCCUCCUCCAUAUCGCCUGAUGAGGGCCUCGUGGUGUUUUCAGAGCUUCAGCGCGCCAGGCAGUGCUUCGUGCUCGAAAAUGAGCUACAUAUCAUAUACCAGGUGACCCCAAUCUAUGCCCAGAUAGACACCAUAGACUGGCUGCAGUACUUCAGCAUCUGGGAGGGCCUCUCAACAGGCAUGAAACGGGUCGCUGAGCUGGUCGGGGUCACAGAAGCCUUCCUGGCCAAGGCCAUUAGGGGCCGCAUCCCUAACAAGACGUACGAGCAGUUAAAGACGCUGGCGAUACACAAGCGGUUCUACACGUGCCUGGUUCUCCAUGACUUGGUACAGGAGAUGCCCCUGGGCGCUGUGUGCAGCAAGUAUGGCUGUAACAAGGGCCAGCUACAGAGUCUGCAGCAGUCCGCUGCUACAUUUGCAGGCAUGGUGACGGUGUUCUGUGCACGGCUGGGCUGGUCCAAUCUGGAACUCAUCCUGUCCCAGUUCCAGAGCCGUCUAACGUUUGGCGUGCAGCGUGAACUCUGUGACCUUGUUCGCAUGUCGUCCCUUAACGGUCAGCGGGCGCGUGUUCUCUAUAAUGGAGGGUACCAGACUGUGGCCGCGCUGGCCGGGGCACUGCCAGAAGAUGUAGAGGCCAUACUGGGAAACUCUGCGCCAUUUGAAAGCAAGAAGAAGCAGGCUACAGAGACAGACUGGGAGGCAGAGCAGAGACGCAAGGCACACUGCAUCUUCCUUACUGGACGGAAAGGCGUGACAUGUCACGAGGCUGCAGUGAUCAUAAUCAACGAGGCCAAACAGAUGAUACAAGAGGAGCUGGGAGGGGUGGGUGUGACCUGGGGUCAGCAACUUGGCAAGUCCCCUACAGUUAAGACACCUGUACUGAUGAGCCCUCUAGCAGGUAACAGUAAGCGGUCAGGACACAAAGGUAAAGCUUCAUCAUCUGAGAAGACAAAACUUUCUGAAAGCUGCAACAACGCCAACAGUUUUAUGACCAACGUUAUUUCUGCACCAGUUUUAAGAGUAAGCUCAGACACGAAUGUCUGUUCUAGUGUCCUUUCUGCAGAAACUGCUCGUACGAGUGGUAAAACUAAUCAAGAUGAAAACACCGCAAGAAAGGCACCCAGUCAAAAUGAUCGUAAUGAAUGUUCAAAAACUGUCCUUAAUGGUACAGAAGGAUCUGUAACUAAUCUAAAAGAUCAGGUAAAAAGCAAUGCAAACAAGCAAAAUGUUGAAAUUACUUCAAAUACAAAGACUAUAUCUGUUGAUGAUCUUGUAACGAUUGCAAAUAAUUCCAACUCAAAAACAAUAAAUAUCGCUUGUGGUAUGAAUGUUAAUAAUGUCAACGAUGCAAAUGGGUGUCUUGAAAGCAACCUGCUAAGGUCACAAUUAGGUGAUGCAAAGAUGAAUGAUAGUGUUGGUGCUGAGCAGUGCAAGGGUGACAUUGUGUCAGAGUGCAAGGGUGACAUUGUGUCAGAGUGCAAGGGUGACAUUGUGUCAGAGUGCAAGGGUGACAUUGUGUCAGAGAAUAUUGAAACUGAUACAAACACUGACCAAGAUUUCAGCUUCAGUACUGCUCUUGAUAACUUGACAAAUGAUCACAAUGGAAGGCAGAUAAACAGUGAUGAAAACUGCCAUCUAGUCAGUGAAAAUGCACAAAAAGAUAUUGAAUGUGUGAACAGUAAAGACCUGAUUUCUAAUGAUAAUGAUAAAAUACAAUUAGAUGGAGUUUUGAAAAUACCAGCCCCAAAUCAUUCAGUUAAAUCAGUUGUUACACACAAUAAUACAAAUAAAUCAGGGAACAUUAAUCCCAAGCUUUCAAAUGAUGAUAAUGACCAUGCCUUUGCUGAUAGUUUCGCGAUUACUACCCAAAUGUUAAAUUCGUGUGAAAAUGUGCAUAUCCAGACCUCUAAUAAAUCUGGGUCUUUAGUAAGCAAAACUGAAAAUGACAAACGAGUGGUGGCGGGCCAACAAUCAGAGGCACUGUUCUCUGAAGUAAUCCCUGAUGACAGUUUUAAUGCUGUAGAAAUUGACAAUAUUGACAACAACAACAAAAUGGUCUUGGAUCAGUUGAGUGAUACAAAUAAUCUGAAAAAUGUCAAUAGUUUACUUGAAGUUUCCAAUAAUGACCUGGAAAUGAAUAUAUCCCACAAUUCUACAGAAGACAUGUUCAAUGACUCACCAGGUUUGAUUGCUGCCAGCAAUUAUGAGCGGGUGGGGCUUGAUAACAUUCAGUCGAGCUUGGAUAAUGAGGAAAUGAUGACAUCCUUUGAUGAUAUUCAUAUACCUUACCAAAGUGGGCAAGAGAGAUGUUUUGAACAAGGUGACAAAGAAACUGUUGGCGAGAAAAAUAAAACAGUUAUAUGUGCACCUUUGCAAGAGGUUAAAAGUGAUAAAUCAAAACCUUCUCACAAAAGAAAUAACCCUUUAGGUCAAACUGCAGUCGGUGUACUAGGUCAGUUCUCCAGUCAGAAGCCAGUAGGGCCUUUACAAGGGCAGGAAAUAUUGCAUGAAGACCUGGCUAUGGCCCUGGCCAUGGGGGAGUCUUUCUCCUCAACAUUUGAUAUCACCACCCAUGACACACAGACUGGGGCAAAUGUUAAAGCAGCUGUACAAGAACAACACGAUCAGCUGGGGGACUCCUUUACAGUGUCCAUGAUGGAUUAUGUUGUGGCCAAUAAUGAGGAAAUCCCAUACAAGAAUGUGUUCAAAAAUGAGAAAAUCACAUCCAAGAAUGUGGCCAAUAAUGAGGAAAUAACAUACAAGAAUUUAGGCAAGGCUGCUGAUACAACAAUGGCUUGUACUUCAGAAGGUUGGCCCCAGGUUGGUCUGAAGGUUACAGAUGAUGCUGUUUGUUCACCUCAAGGUAUAGAUAGUGAAAAAUUUGUGACUCCAACUAACCGACCCAGAAAGCGUAGGAGUGUAAGCUCUAUCAAGAGUUCAAGACUUCCUAAACAACAGAAAUUAGAUGACAGUGAUCUAGAAACUUCACCCAGCACUGUUUCUGUAAGAAACCUUCCCAAAAGACUCCAUACACUUAAGAAAGUCACUCAGGUGAUCUCAAGCAAACCUGACUCAAAAUCAAGAAGAGCUCUGAAUUCUACUAAACCUGUAACUUUAAAUAAAGAAGAACAAAAUCAGCCAUUGACAGCUCUCAGUUCCCCUAAAAGAGACACUAAUGGUUCUCUGAACACCAGCACAGAGGGUGACUAUGUUCCCCCCACACCCCCAGAUGACACACCACCUACUGCCAUGGAGACUAGAGGCACGCCUACCAAGCCUGAAGUUCCAAGGCCCUUCCCUGCCAGUCCUUUUAGUCCCAGAUUGCGGCGAAAUGCUCCUCGGUCGGCAAAGACAACAGCAAAUGUUCAUCAGAGUGAUAACCUGAAACAUAUUGAGAAGAAUGGGAAACUUUUCCAAGAACCUGAUGAGAAAAGCUCAACUAAAGGUGUCUUAUCAAACUGUAUAUUGGAAAAGGGAAAGAACAAAAAAUCUUCACAAAAUAAUAAUAGUGUAAAUGUCACAUCUGUACCCAAAGAAGUCUCAUUACCUUCUGAUGAUCAUAAGCAUUCAAAGUGUUCAGCAAUUCCUUACAAAAAUCCCAUUGAGGGACACAUAACUUCAAAAAGUGAGGACGAAAAUAACAUAGAAUAUGGUGAGAAUGAUUGUUAUAUUGAUGAUGAUGAUGAAAAGAUGUCUCCGUCUUUCAUUGACCCCAACAUGUCAGGUCUGCCUCUUACCCAGCAGUCGUUUACGAUUAUUGACGUAUGCGGGGACAAGAGGCUGUUCAAGACAUUCAUUAUUGAAUGGAGGACCAAGCACAGCUAUGCCGUGUCCUUAGCCUGUGAGACUCUGAAGAGGGAUAAUACGGGACCAAGCAUAGGGGCUAACUUCAGGAAAGACAAGUCUCCCAGCAGGGUGAAGGGAGGGGAUGCGUGUGGUAUCCCCCUGGAGGGGGAGGGUCUGUGUAUAGUGGGUGUGGCAGUGUCCUGGGACAACAGGGACGCUUACUACAUCUCCCUGUCACACCAACAGCUGCAGCAGGGUGACCCUGAUGACAGUUUGGCCCCUCCCCCCUCUGACCGGGACAUCAGUAUGGCCAUACGGGUGAAAGCUAUCAAGUCUGUCCUUCAACAGGCAGUAUGCCAGUCACAGCCCGUCACCAUCAUGAUGUUUGACGUUAAAACUCAGUACAGGGCCCUGGUAGAGGGGUGUGGUUUCAGUCCCAGGGGUCAGUUUGCGGACCCCAAGGUGGCAUGCUGGCUGCUGGACCCCGGGGGGCGGGAGAAGAACCUGCACCGCAUGGUCACCAACUUCCUGCCCACAGAGGUGCACAUGAUACAUGGUAUAGGUGGAGGUAUAGGCCUGGGCAGCCUGGGUAUGAGCCCACAGAACCCAGGCUCCGGGCGUUACCGGGCUACCACAGAGGCAGUGCUAGUACGCCACCUGGUGCAGUACUUCAACGCCUGCCUGGACAGGGAGGGGCUGUUGUCUGCGUUUAGGGACGUUGAGAUGCCUGCAGCAGUAACACUGUGUAGGAUGGAACUGAACGGCUUUGGGUUCAGUGAGACAGAGAGUGAGAGACAGAAGUGUGUGAUGCUGUCUAAGUUGUCUGCCCUUGAGGAGCAGGCGUACACCAUCGCUGGUCACCCCUUCUCCCUCUCAGCACCAGACGAUGUCAGUCAGGUGCUUUUCAUAGAGUUACGCCUGCCCCCUAAUGGUGACCCCAGCUCUGUCCAGAAGCCCCUGGGUGCCCCUGGCAGGAGGGGCGGGGGAGGGACCAGUAGGACCCAGUACAGCACGUCCAAGGAGGUCCUGGAGAGGCUGCGCAAGCUACACCCCCUGCCUGGCGUGAUCUUGGAGUGGAGGAGGAUCACCAACGCACUCACUAAAACUGUGUUUCCUUUGCAGAGGGUCAAGGUGCCAUGUGAUUGGCUGCACAUGGAUCGUAUCUAUGGUGACUGUCAGCUGCACUCAGCCACGGGCAGGGUGAGCUUGAGUGAGCCCAACCUACAGAAUGUGCCCAAGGACUUCGACAUCCAGCUGCCAGAUUUGAUAGGAGAGAGUCCCCCGCCCUGUGUUUCUGCCGGGCCCAGGGAGCGACAGUCCAGAUUGAGGUCACUUAGGGAUCAAGGUCAGAGGUCAGCAGUUACCAAGGACAACAGUGGAGGCACAUUCUCUGUUAGCAUGAGACACGCUUUUGUACCAUUCAAAGAUGGUGUCCUCCUGGCGGCCGACUACUCCCAGCUGGAGCUGCGUAUGAUAGCGUACCUGUCACAUGACAAGAGGUUGAUCAGCGUACUCAAUGAAGACGGGGAUGUGUUCAAGCUGAUCACGGCACAGUGGAAGAACAUCACACCUGCUGAUGUCACACCUGAACAGAGGGCGCAGGCUAAACAGGUGUGCUAUGGUAUGAUAUACGGUAUCGGCCCCAAGGCCCUUGGAGAGCAGAUGGGGGUGGAGGAGAAUGAUGCAGGAGUCUUCAUUGAAACUUUCAAAGCUAAAUACCCAGAAAUGCGCGCCUACCUCCGUAAGACUGUAGACCAGUGUCGCAGACAGGGCUAUGUUCAGACCAUGACCGGGCGCAAGCGAUACCUGCCGGCCAUCACCAGUCCCAACCCUCAUGCCCGUGCGCAGGCUGAGAGGCAGGCUGUGAACACGACAGUGCAGGGAUCAGCAGCCGACCUUGUCAAGAGGGCCAUGGUCAGCAUAGAUAAGAGUCUGGAAGAGAUGUUCCCAAACACUCAGUACACCCAUAGACAUAAAUUAGCUAGUAAGCACCCUUCCCGUGGCAAGGUCCCACCGGACGGAGCCUACCUGGUGUUACAGCUUCAUGACGAGCUUAUAUACGAGGUGACUUCUGCCCAUGUGCAGGCCGUGGCCCAGGUGGUCAAACACUGCAUGGAGCACGCCGUGGAGCUGCCUGUGAGGAUGCCGGUCAAGCUACAGACUGGGUCCAGCUGGGGGACACUGAAGGAACUUGAUGUGUGAAUAGGAUUUUAGCUUGGGGACACUGCAGGAACUUGAUUUGUGAAUGGGAUUGUAGCUUGGGGACACUUAAGGAACUUGAUUUGUGAAUGGGAUUGUAGCUGGGGGACACUGCAGGAACUCGUUGUGUGAAUGGGAUUGUAGCUGGGGGACACUGAAGGAACUUGAUGUGUGAAUAUGAUUGUAGCUGUGGGACACUACUACAUGUAGAACUUGGUGUGUGAAUGGGAUUGUAGCUGGGGGACACCGCAUGAACUUGGUGUGUGAAUAGGAUUGUAGCUGAGGGACUUUGCAGGAACUUGAUGUGUGAAUAGGAUUGUAGCUGAGGGACUUUGCAGGAACUUGAUGUGUGAAUAGGAUUGUAGCGGAGGGACUUUGCAGGAACUUGAUGUGUGAAUAGGAUUGUAGUGGGGGACACUACUAGAACUUGGUGUGUGAAUGGGAUUGUAGCUGAGU